AUGCAGAACGUGCGGCAGCAUAGCAAGUGGUCUGAGUGGGUUCCAUAUCAGAAUGUGAGCGACUGGCCGGUCUACCCGGGUAUCCCGGUCCUGGUACAGUACCAUGCUGGAUCCAGUAGCAGCUACAUCGUUGGCGACUGCGUUCUGGCAGAUGGGAUGCGCUGCCAUGCUAGCUGGCACGACGAGAUGUUCUUGCGCGGGGAUUUCAACGGGUGGGGUGACAUCCAGGACGGUCGUAUGCAACGGGUCGGCCACUUCACAUGGGCAGCAAACAUCACACUCUCGCGGUUCUCCCGGGCCAAGUUUGCACCGCAGAAGGGCUGGUCGAAGUCGUACGGGGUCCAUCCAAGGCGGCCGCUGCUCUAUGCCCUGCCGACCUUCGAUCCCAGGUUCACCAACUUCCAGUAUGACCCGCUGAUAUCAGGAACAGAUGCCACCCGACAGUGGAUGGUGCAGAAGGACUUCUGGUCAGCGGAGGAGUCUAUGGCUUCCGGCGCAGAGUUUGCCAGCGAGCUAUGGAUCGGGUAUCAGUGCACGGCGGAAGAACCGAAGUGCCCCGUGCCAUCGCAGGACUCGAACAAGUGGAGGUGCUAUGGGUUCUCCAGUUCGCAGGACUUGAAUUGGUGCCGAAGUGUUGGCACCGACGACUGUUGGGAGUAUGCGGAGAAUGAUUGGUCUUCGUCGAUGUCCGACUGCUCUGGAUGUUCGUGUUGUCGCCGGGCGGCCUCCCCGAACCUGGAAGGGCCCAGGUCCACGUGCUGCGUCUUGUUCAACGACCUGACGCUGAACUACACCAUCACCUCGGACCUCACUCGCUGCGCAACUGCGACGGUGCUGCAGCUUCCGGAAGCCGAGCGCAUCAAGGUCUCUGGGACGUGA